CGCUCAUCUGAAACGGUACACUUAAAACUGGUCUUGUUGCGUGCGACGUGCGAGCUCAGUUGUUUUUUAUAAUUUUAUUGCACACCACAGUGCAUUUGUGCGCUCCUCAGAUCAACAAAAAUGUGAUAUUCUGUAGAAAGCUUUAUAUAAGUGUCGUCACAGUUUACAGUAAAUUUUGGAAAGUACAAAUAUCGUUAGCGUGCAAUGAACUCGGAACUGCUUUAAAUCCUUAAUGAACGUAGUGUUGAUGUGCUAAUAAUGAUUAUAGGAUAACAAGGAGUCUGGAAUACAACCUAAAAAUUUGGGUAUGAGAAACAUAUCGCUAUGUUAUUUUCUCUGUGAAAAGUAAAAAGUACUUUUCUCCGCAUAACCUCCCUCUGCACAAGGCCCAGCUAAGUACUACUCACAUGUUUGGGGUGCUGCCGCCCCGACUAUAUUAUCGAUGGGUUCCCACGGCGGCCAUGAUUUCAGACGGGUUGACAAAGACAAAUUAAACAUUGCAAAAUAAUAUUUAGUCCGGGAAGUAUCUUUGCAUCCCUUGGUAAAGUAAUCUGAGCGAAUUUUUGUUUAAUCAACGAAUGGCAUCAAGUAGGGUGACUUUGCAUUCCUACCCAAUCGCAAUCGUAUCAUAAACGUACAGUAGACACACUUUCAAAUUAAGUUAGUCAAGCAGGCCAAGUGACAUUGGAUGUAAAAUGACUCCUUUUAACUGAAUUGCACGUUGCUAGUCUCAAUAUAUUUCCUCUACGGACAGCCUGCAUAGGUAACAAAAACUGACUCGAGAUUCGCACUUUAUCAAAAACAGAGUUCCAAAAUGUUAUGGAAAGUGUUAUUCUUGCUCUUGUGUCUGAGCUGUGUCUAUUCCAAAGAUCCCGAUAUUGAGGAGGAGGAAAUUGCAGCUUAUAAUUUUAUGGCAAUUCUUAAUAAAAAGACCGAAGAGAUGUUGAAUAAGUAUCAACAUGCAAAAUGGGACUAUGAAACUAAUCUGACGGAUGAAAACUUACAGAGGAAGCUUGAAGUUGGAGCCGAAAUGGCAAAGUUUCAAAAAGAAGCUUGGCAACAGGUUAUUAGUUUUGACUGGAGGAGAUUUUCAGACUAUUACUUAAGAAGGCAGUUUUUCCUCUACUCUGUAUUAGGUACCAAUUUCUGUUUUUGUCAUAGCUUACAACAGUUCACUAUUUUUAUCCGACUAAUUCACGAGCUACAGACCAAACGGCUUGAUGGAUUCUGAUAUAAUGAGGUGAUGGUGCCUUACCUCCAGAGAAAUAUAAAAAGCUGAAAAAAAUAAUAGGGGACAUGGAAAAUAUUUUCUCCACGGCUAAAAUUUGUGCUUAUAAUGAUACGCAGAACUGUGAUCUAGCCCUCAACCCUGACAUAACCAAUAUCAUGUCGUCGUCUAGAAACGAGGAAGAAUUGAAGCAUGUAUGGGUAGCAUGGAGAGAUGCCGUAGGUCCAAAAUGUCGCUCACUUUUCGAAGAAUACGUUCAGUUAAGCAACGAAGCUGCUAGAUUGAACAACUUCACUGAUACAUCAGAAUAUUGGUUGAAUGGAUACGAGGACCCCCAUUUCGAAGACAAAAUCCAAAACAUUUACGAGCAACUCAAACCGCUAUACUUACAGUUACAUGCUUAUGUAAGAUUCAAGUUGAGGCAGAAAUACGGAGAUGUCGUCUCAGAAACUGGUCCUAUUCCUGCGCAUUUAUUAGGAGACAUAAUGGCUCAGAACUGGAGAGAAAUUGCAGACUUCACUUUACCGUUUCCAAAUGUGGGGGACAAUGAUCUUACUCAGGAACUAAUUGAUCAGAAUUACACAGCAAUCCAAAUAGCGAAAACGGCUGAAGAUUUCUUCAAAUCCUUAAACCUAACAGAGAUGCCUGAGUCGUUCUGGGAGAAGUCCAUAUUUACAAAGUCCGAAGACAAACCAAUGGUGUGUAUGGCUAGUUCGUGGGAUUUUAGCGACGGGAAAGACUUCAGGGUGAAGCUAUGCAUCCAUAUUACUUUGACAGAUUUCACUAUAACUCAUCAUGAAAUGGGUCAUAUUGAGUACUAUUUGCAUUACAAGAAUUUGCCUGUUAAGUUCAGAGGCGGUGCUAAUGAUGGUUUUCAUGAAGCAGUUGGUGACCUUAUCUCCCUCUCUGUGCUCUCUACGAAACACUUGAGGCAGAUUGGACUGAUCAAUACGAAUAUUGAUAACAGAGUUGACAUGAAUAACUUAUACAAAGUUGGAUUGCACAAAAUAAUGUUUCUACCUUUCUCAUACCUUAUGGAGCUGUGGCGGUGGGAUAUAUUUUCAGGAAAAACAAAACCAGAAGAUUACAACUGCAAGUGGUGGGAGUUAAGGGAGAAAUAUCAAGGAGUUGAAUCUCCUGUAGAUAGAUCUGAAGAAGACUUUGAUCCAGCUUCUAAGUAUCACAUCAUCUCCAACACUCCAUACUUGAGGUAUUUCAUCGCUCUGAUACUCCAGUUCCAAUUUCAUCGAACCCUAUGCGAAAAGGCUGGUCAAUACGAUCCUAUCAGUCACUACAGUCAUCUCCAUAACUGCGAUAUCUAUCAAAGUACUGAAGCAGGGAAUGCACUCAAGAGAAUGCUAGCAAUGGGUGCCUCUAGACCUUGGCCUGAUGCAUUGGAAGCCUUAACCGGACAAAGACAGAUGGACGCCACGGCGAUAUUGGAAUAUUUCCAACCACUGCACGAAUGGUUGAAGAACGAGAACAAGAAAAACGGUGCAUAUAUCGGCUGGGAAUCUUCAAAAAGAGUUUGUACCAGGACAAAGAAGGAACCGGAGAACGUGAAUUUUUAGUAUUAUUUGUUUCAUACGUAUUUUAUAUUAAACUGUGUCCUGGGAUAAUUAUCAUUUUAUUAAAGAUUAUUUUAUAUCCA